UUUUAUUCUAAUUCAAGAUAUUAAGUAACAAUUAAUAAUGUGGUCAUCGUGCUCUAGUAAAAUUAACCCAUCGACUUAUAAGUUUGUGCUUGCUUUGAGAACAUAUGUUACUAAUUGUUAUAUUGAAGAGUAUUUACUAAAAGGGUCUGGUCGCUGUGUACUUGCAGAGAAUUUUGCAAAAAUGAAACCAAUUUACCAUAAAUCAUGUCAGAAUUUAAAAAAAGCUGCAGUUUUAUUACCAUUGUGCAUUGUUAAUAAUGAACUUUCCAUUCUAUUUACUAGAAGAUCGCCUAUUCUUUCAAGUUAUGGUGGGCAAGUAAGUUUUCCAGGUGGAAAGCAAGAUGACAAGGAUUCUUCACCUGAGGAGACUGCUCUGAGGGAAGUGUAUGAAGAGUUGGGUAUCUUACCUGAGAGUAUUGAAAUUUUUGCAACUUCAAAUCACUCCAUACCAGAUAGAACUGGCAAGUACAGUGUAUGGUUAGUAAUUGGGUAUUUGGGUCACAUAUCUCUUCAAACCCUUACUCCUAAUCCAUUUGAAGUCAAAGAGGUCUUCUGUGUUUCAUUAACUCAACUUCUAAAUGAAGAUUUAUAUGGUUACACAAAGUUUAAAAACAAGUGGGUACUUCCUGUUUACAAAAACAACUAUCAUAAUCAACUUAGUCGACAGUUUUCAUUAAGAAAAUCUGCUCGACAAGGACCAAUUACUUGGGCAUCAUUGGGUGUGUUUCUUGUUGCAGGUGGUGGUAUUAUGCAAUAUGUAAAAUGGCUGAAAGAUGAAAAAAAGAAAGAACAAGAAAAACUUCAAAAAAUGUCUAUUGGCAAAGCAAGUAUAGGUGGUUCAUUUGAGCUUAUGGAUACACAAGGAAAUUUAGUUACUAACAAAGAUUUCUUUGGCAAAUGGCUGCUUAUUUAUUUUGGAUUUUGCCAUUGUCCUGAUAUAUGUCCUGAUCAACUAGAAAAAAUGACAACUAUUAUUGAAAAAAUAGAAUCAAUACAAGGUCUUCCUCUCAUUCAACCAAUUUACAUAACAGUUGAUCCUCAUAGAGAUUCUCCAGAAAAUAUUAAGCAGUAUCUUAAAGAUUUUCAUAAACGUUUUAUUGGACUAACUGGUACAGACGAUCAAAUUAAAAAAGUUUGUAAAGCAUAUCGUGUUUACUUUUCUGCUGGUCCCAAAGACGAAGACGACGAUUAUAUUGUUGAUCAUACCAUUAUUAUGUAUCUUAUUAAUCCUGAAGGAAAUUUUGUUGAGUAUUUUGGACAAAACAGGACGAUUAAUGAAAUUACCGGAGCUAUUACAACCAUAAUGAUGCAGAAAAGACAAUAAUUUUUUUCAUAUAUUUAGCAAAUAAAUUUUAUGUAAAACGGGGAAUAAAAAGAAAUUUUCUCAUUGAAAUAAGUUAAAUGGUUAAGUCACUUUGAAAUAAGUUAAAUGGUAAACUCAUUUUAUUUUUUACUUCAAUUUCGAAUUACAUGAAUAUUCAUAUUUUACCUUUUAACUUUGUUGAUGAUAAAAAUGGUUCAAUAGAUGCUUUAUAUAAAAAUGGUUCAAUAGAUGCUUUGUAUAAAAGUCAUAUAUUUAAAAUCAAGUUAAGCAGGGUAAAUUUUUUAUUCAUUUGAGCAAAUUCCCCAUUGUAAUUAAAGAAAGCAUUUUUAAUGUAAUUGAAGGAAGAUUUGUAUCUCCUUGUGCACUAAAUUUAACACAACAACUAAAGCAAAAUGACCAAUCACAGCAAAGAAAGUUUGUUGAAUGGGUUAUUAAACAUUAACCGUGGCCUACUUUAAUUGCAUGGCCGGGUUUGUAGGUUUUUACGUCUAAUAAUUGUGAUGCCAGUUUUUUUGUUGCUGUAACAUGCUUGUUUAUAGGUUUUAUUAUGAGUUAACUUAUAAAGAACUUAUUUACAUUAAUGCUUUUAAAAUAGAUUGUAAUUAAGUUUUUAA